AGAAGAAGAAGAAGAAGAAAGAGGAAAGAAGAAGAAGAAGAAGAAGAAGAAGAAGGUUACAGCAGUUGUCAUGUGUUGGACAAUAAGGUGAACCACUGUUUGGAGGCAGUCCCAGCCCUGCAGCACAUUCAGGUUGGCGAGUGUUUCUCUCAAUGGAUGAAGACCGAUCCCGACCAGAAGCACAAGAGGAUUCAAAUUAAAGCAAGAAGAAGCUGGUAGAACUGUAGCAGGAGGACAAAGGCUGCCAGUCAUGGAUAUGUUAGGGAUGGAGCACGAGCACUUUGACACGAGCAGAGGCCGGGCCGGGAGCUGUGUGGAGUUCCACAACAUCAAAAAAAUGAAGACUCUGGCCCAAAGGCGACAGUCAGCUCCCUCGCUGGUCAUCAGCAAAGCACUGACCCGCUCAAGAAGCACAUCCAGGGAGAGUUGCCUGACCCCCAUCAGCCCAGAGUCCAGUCCCCUCAUCCAGGCCUUCCUGGCUGAGUGUCCCGGCCGUGUUUUCCUGGGUCACGUCCAAACGCAGCUAAAGACGGGCCUUCAGACCCAGGAGAGACACCUCUUCCUCUUCACGGACACGAUGCUUGUUGCCAAGGCCAAGUCUCCCACUCAUUUCAAAGUAAAGGCUCAAGUUCGAGUCUGUGAGAUGUGGACGGCCAACUGCAUGGAGGAGGUGUGUGAAGGAAGCACCAACCCAGACCGGAGCUUCGUCAUGGGCUGGCCCACCUGCAACUGUGUGGCAACAUUCAGCUCUGAGGAGCACAAGGACAACUGGCUGGCGCUCAUCAAGAGCCGCAUAAUUGAGGGAAAACAGAAGGAUGAUCCAAAGACCAUACCGCUGAAGAUAUUUGCAAAGGAUAUUGGAAACUGUGCCUAUGCCAAGACGCUUGCGGUCAGCAACACGGACAGCACCACCGAUGUCAUCCGCAUGGCUCUGCUGCAGUUUGGCAUAUCAGGCUGCGUUAAAGACCACCGGCUGUGGGUGAGCUCCAGUAAGGACGAGCCUCCCUACCCUCUCAUCGGCCACGAAUUUCCAUUCAGCAUCAAGAUGAGCCACAUUCGUGAUGGAGGGAGCAGCGGACCGGGACUCGGGGGAAGAGAAGGCAGGGAUCCCACAAGUCCCACAGACUGUCCAGAGGUGCUGCUGCUGGACCAGUGUCUCCCUCCGGAUACCCAGUGCCAGUUCAUCCUCAGACCCAAUAAGGCUGCGCCAGCACAAGCUCAGCUCAUGGAGCCUGGUCAGCAGAAGUCUUUUAAGAGGAAGAGGUCUCUGAUCAACUGGCCCUUCUGGAGAGGCUCCAGCACCCAGCUGGACGGCCUGCCCCUGUCUCCGACCUCGCUGUCGCCCACUCAGGGACUGCUGUUCGGACGACCCCUGAGUUCCAUUUGCUCCUCAGACCUCGGCCUGCCCAAGCCUGUCAUGGACAUGCUGGUGUUCCUGUACCUGGAGGGGCCCUACACCCGCGGCGUCUUCAGGCGCUCGGCGGGGGCCAAAGCCUGUCGGGAGCUCCGAGACAGACUGGACAGCGGGGCCGACGACCUGGAGAUCUCACACCAGUCUGUGUUCGUCAUCGCCGCCGUCCUCAAGGAUUUCCUGCGAAACAUCCCGGGCAGCAUAUUGUGUGUGGACCUGUACGACCAGUGGAUGGAUGUGAUGGAGGGCGACGAAGGGGAAGAGAGGAUGCCCACAGUCCAGAGGUUGCUGCGCCUCCUGCCCAGCCAGAAUAUCCUUCUGCUGCGGCAUGUCAUCGCCGUGCUGCACUGCAUCCAAGGCAACGCCCAUGACAACCAGAUGAACGCCUCCAACCUGUCCAUCUGCAUUGCUCCCAGCAUGCUCUGGGCUCCAGCGUCGAGGACAGCUGAGAAAGAGGGGGAGGGUACCAAAAAGGUGUGUGAGCUGGUCCGCUUCCUCAUAGAGAACUGCAGCAGCGCGCUGGGAGAAGACGUCCCCACGCUGUUCAGAAGCUUCAGCCAGAAGAGCAGCAGCAGCGACCACGGCUCAGAUGUGUCGUCCUUCCAGAUGAACGACUCCUCUUACGACAGUUUGGAGAACGAGCUGAACGACGACCCUGAGUCCCCGUUCCAGGAGCAGCUGCCUCUGCGGGACAAAGACAAGCCCGACAGCCGCAGCCGCGACUCUGUGAUCACCCUUAGCGACUGCGACCCUGAUCCCGACCCCGACCUCCUUCUGCAGCUCCCUCCGCUGGCGCGGCCCAGGAGGUUCACCCCUGCAGCUCGGCAGCCUCGGACCCGGCAGACCAGCGGCGUGUUGCAGGGCCCCCGGAGGCUGAGGAGGAGCUCGGAACCGGCCCUGGCGCUGGCUAGCACGCCUCCCUGCGGUUCAGUGGCCGCUCGGGUCGAUAAGCAUCGCCUCCCGGGACGGAAGGCCAGCUAUGACGCCGCCAUCGAAGGGGAGGGGGAGGACGACGAGGACGAGGUGUUUCUGGAGCAGCGGCUAAAGGCUCUGCAGCUGAAGGAGCACGGAGGAGAUGGGUGCGAGAAGAGGGGAGUCAAAGUCCAGAACGGUGGACGGAGGAAGGUGAAGCACACGCCUCCGCCUCCGUUACGCCUGGACGCCAGCUGCUCCAGUCUGUCGUCACCGGCAACCUCGCCCACAGGCUCCUCCCUCAGCUCCUUAGACUCCGCCUUCUCCCAGUACUCCACUGACUGCGCGUCCAAUGGGGCGGCCCCCCUGAGCGAGCCGGCCCCUCUGUCCCCUCUCUCCCCUCUGUCCCCUGGACGGCCCCAGCGUUCCCCCAGAGGCUCGCCCUCCCACAAGGACCUGCCCACUCAUUUGUCACAGCCCCCCCACCCCCACGGCCUCCACCCAAACACGUGGCUCAAAAAGGACCGCCGCCUGUCGCUGAAGCAGCCCGAUAAUGGACGCACAGAGGAGGACGUGGCUUUUGUAAAUGGAAGCAUCCAAGCGAGCAGUAACGGCGCUGCUAACGACAAGCGGAGGUCCAGCAGCCCUCCGUCGUACCAGCAGGCCCUGCUGCAGCUGCAGCACAACCGCUCCCCUUUCUACAGGGGCUCCGAGAAAGCCCUGACGGUCAGAGAACUGAGGCAGCUCCACGACCAGACGUGCAGCUCCGGGCCUCCGGGCUCAGCCUCCUCCAACAGGCCGAAGCCGCCCACAGGAAGAGCGGCCGCAAAGGAGCCCGUGCAGCCGCCACAGGGCGUUUUCUAUGGACACAGUGGCACCACGCUGGUCCUACAGAGGCAGAAGUCACACUCUCUAACUCCGGCCGUGGACGGACACAAAGACCGGACCCUUCCCCUUCCACGGAGAGCGUCUGAGCCCACUAGAGCCUCUGCGAGCCUGACUUUGGACAGACGGGGUGGACCUCGGCCCGAGGACCGAGGCCUGAGGGUGUCGGACGUGGAGCGCACCUACGCAGAGCCUCGCUUCUGCCUGUCUCCCUCCGCCACCCGAGCCGUGAGGGACUACUUCUCCUCGCAGGGUCAGGAGGACGCGGAUACCUGUCUGCAGAGGAGCCAGGAGGUGGCGCUGGCCCUGGUUCAGGGGAAGAGGGAGUGGCAGAGCAGACGCUGCAGCGACCCGCACCUGGACGACUUUGAACAGCUUUUCUUUGCAGAGGAGUCGUACGUGUAGAUGAGCGGCUGACGGACUGAUUUUACCUGAUUACUUGUGUUUACUUGUGUACAACGGUUGUGUGUCUUUUUUGAUGUGAUAAUACUGCAGUUCACUUCCUGGUACAACCAUAGACGAUAAGUUAAGUACCAAUGCACUUCCUGCUUAUGGUUCAUCUUCUCAUGGCCAAAUUAUGACAAAACGUAGACCCAACAUAUUGUCCUUCACGUAUUUGACAGUGACUUUGCUUCACAGCCUCAAAUAUUUAAUAAUUAACUCUCAUUAGUGACUUUAAUAUUGCAGAUCCGGUGCCAAAGUCUGGUCCCUAGAGAAACGUCCUGUGGCACCGCGUCCUUGUUUGGCCUUCGGGCCGAGCUAAUACUUUGACUUUUACAUAACAUUUAACAUUUUCAACAGUUUAAAGGGAAACUGUGCUGUUAGGAACUUUGAUUGAUGUUUUAGAGCCUAAACUUUGGUUUCUGAGCUGUGUAGCACUAAUGACAACAACAGGUAACUGCUAUGACACAUGCUUUCAUUUCAGUCACAUGUGGAAACCUCUAGGACUUUGUCUACAGUAUAUACACCUGUAGCCUAUGGCAGCAAUGCAUAUAUUUAAUGUAGCUUCUAUGAGCAGUUGCAUCUAUUACGUGAACUAUUACUAUCUGCCCGAACCAGUGAAUCAGUGAAGCCUGUAUUUAUUCACAUGAGCCAAAUGUCCAGACACAGCAGCAGUGUUGUCCUCAGCAGCUCUGGUUUAUUUCUCUGUGAGGAAGAGAGGGAGGAAAAAUGGUCCGAGCUGUUAAAUGUGAGAAAACGUGUGCCAUUGAAGGAACAGCCUCUUCAUUCCUGCUUUUAUAGCACUUGGGUCUUAGUCUGACAGAACAAGAACAGGAGCGCGUCCUGUUGUGGGUGUGUGAGUGUCUGUGUGUGUGUUUGUCCAUAACAUGAUGUUAAAGGUGACACUUGCACUAAAUGACCUUAUUCCACUGCAGUGUGUGUAAAUACAUGCGUAUACAGAUUAUACUGUUAACACCAGGCAGUUUUCAGAGUUAACAUUGGAAUAAGGCUGUUUGUGAAGUGUUGCCUCUUUAAAUAGUCUCAGUAUCUUAUCAUUUAUUAUUGUUAACAUUAUAUUUGUUAUUUUCAUUACAGUGACUUGUGUUUAAUGUGGAUAUUCCUUCAUAUUUAUGAUUCAGAAGUAUAUGAAUAUAUAUAUAUAUAUAUAAAUAUAUAUUAUCUUGUGCUGUGUGGGGAAAAUCAAAUGUGUAUUUUUGUACAUGCCAAUUUUGAUGCUGCUGUCUCUAGAAGGUAUAUUUACUACAAAACGCACCAUUUGUAUAUUGUGUACAUCUGACAUCCAAUGCUCACGAGAACAAAAUAUUAAUUUUAAUAAAUGUUGCUCUUGUUAAAGUAC